CCUGAGUUUAAGAUUACAAACUAGUGUAUCAUGGCAUGUUUUUGGACACUUGUUGUGUUGGUGUUAAUGAGUUAUGUUUCUGCGGAUGUCUAUUUGCAUAGUCCAAGGGGGAGUAAUAACCGGUUAGACGAAAGAGGAAGAGCAAGAGCUAAUGCACAAAGAAUGUUUGACUCUCAAAACAACAAUAGAGGAGGCUACAAUGUUGGUAGUUUGUAUUAUUAUGAAGGUUCUGAACUACCUAUCGAAUGGACCAAUCAGCACUCUUGUGGUGAGAAAAACGCCCACUGUGAGCUUGUUGUGCAAUAUAUGUGCGAUGAUCAGUUAAGAGAUGGUUCAACUACAGUAACAAUACCUGAUCAGCGAGGUAGAUGUAAAAACUACGAUUGCAAUACAGAUGUGAGAUAUGGCAUGAAUGAAAAUUACGGCUGGUAUCGGAAUUGUAAAUAUCGAAAGCGCAACAAGGGUUUAUUUACAGCAGACCAGAAAUUAAAAGGUGAAACUGCAAAAUAUACACGACAAAAUCCAGGAGGUACAAGAAGAGGUUACGAAUGUCCUGAAGAAAGAGAUUAUUAUCCAUAUUGGCACCCAACACCAUGGAAGGAUAUUGCUAUUUUGACCAACAAUGUUACACAUUGUGAAAAAUAUCAAAGUGAGAGUCAAAACGUGAAAGACAAAUAUUCGUGUGUUCCACCAGAAGGAUACAUCGACUUCUUGGUGAAAGCAAGAGGUCCGAAAAAAGAUAGAAAACCAAUUCCGAUAACCAAGGAAGAAUGCGAGAAAAUCAGUUAUCCUAUUGGUUCGAACAUCACCGCUAAAUGGGUGAAAACAUCAUCGUGGGGAUUGCCACCACCAGAUUGUUUUUUAUCACCAAAAUCACGUGAUAAUCAUAAUGGGAAUGGACCAGGUGGAUUUCCAAACAUGUUCAACUGGACAAUAUUAGACACACCACAUGAACAUUGCACACUGAGGUUGCGAUACAACAUUUCAACAGCUGAUUAUGAUGGGAUGACAACAACUGCAAGUAAUAAUGCUGUCGGCAAGGCAUAUGCUAAAUUGGAUAUUGGUUCCUUGGUUGGUCUUUCUGAAGAAGAAGCAGUUAAACGUGGCUAUGUAUUCAAAAACAAUCCAACAAUAAACCCGUUAUUUGCGGGAGAUAAAGACAACAGCAUUGGUACAAAACUACAACUACAGCUUGCUAUAAACACAGCGCAAUAUGGAAGAACGUUUCAAGAUAGAUCGCAUUCAUUCGCAAUCCGCUCACGCCUUGCAAAAUUAAAAGGCGCGAAAAUUCACAACCUCAAUGUUCGAGGUAAGCGAGGCAACAUCGUACAAGUUUAUCCAGCUGUUGAAUAUGACUUCGUACCAAACAGACUAUCUGCAAGUGUUGGAGAUCAUAUUCACUUUCAAUGGACUGGUUCGAACACAAAUCCCAACAAUAACGACGGACAGGGAUUGGCUGGAACUGAUCGCAGCAAUGUUGUUUUGUUGACGUCACAACUUUACCCUGAAGGGGAACCUGGAAAAGCUGUUGCCGAAAAUUUAAAGUUUGGUCAUUUCGGAAAUAACUACCCCGCACAUUUAAACAAUGCAACGUUUUUGGGAUUUUUUAGACAAGAUUUGGUUAGCUUGGCGGUUUUGUCCCCAGGUCAGCUACGUGGUGAAUUAUCUGAACUAGAUGAUGCUGGCACAUAUUUCGAUUUACCACCACGCAAAAUCACGAGAGCUGGUGACUACCAUUACAUGUGCACUCGAAACAACAACUUCUCCAAUCGCGGUCAGAAAGGAAAAAUUGUAGUGAGCACUCAUAAAGCGUUAGAAAAAGUGGUUGGCUGGAGCGGGGGUGCCGUAACGUUGAGUGACGGUGAGGGAGUUUGGGUAAAGAAAGGAAUGUUAGCAGGCACCAAAACAAUUCGCAUUGAAAAGUGGCCACAAUCUGAUGGAGAAGCGAAGUUAAGCUCUCGUGGCGGAAAAUUGAAUGUUGGAGACAGCUACAAAAGCGAUUUUUUCGUCGUGCAUCCUUUUGAAGAUUUAGCUGACGGGAAUAAAGUUACCAUCAAAAUAAAGAUUGAGUCGAGCGAUGCUGUUGUUUAUCAUUCGAUGGAUUACAAAAACUGGCUUCGUGUCGAAAAUGUCGAUCAUUCAAGUGGUGUGGCUUCCUUUCAAACGAAAAAAGGAGGAAUUUACGUUGGCCGACUUGAUGACAAAUCUAUGAAAAACGUUAUCAUUGGUGUGUCGGUUGCUGUUGUCGUCGUGUUGGUUCUUAUUGGCGGCGCCGUGUUGUACUUUAAACGUCGACCGGAAGCUUACACAGGGAUGAGGAAAGGAUUGCAAGAUAUGAAACUUUCAACGCAAUCCAAAAUUUAACUUUUGUUUAAGUUGUGGACAUAUUUUAUAUAGGGCUGAAACUGAAUCUUUUUUUGAUUUGUUUUGAUUAUAUUUAUAAGAUAGAAAAAUAACUUUUUGUAGCAGGUUUACUGUAUUUUUAUUUUUUGUAUAAAAUUUAAAGAAAAUAAUUUUUAUAUUGAAUAGUUUCUUAUUUACCAUAUACUAACUAACUACAAAUGUAUACAUCAUGAACCAAAAGUUUGAACGUGUUGUGGCAACCAUUUUGGAAAACUUUGCUACCGCUCAAGUCGGCUACAUGUUUCUUUUAAUAUAAGAAACAUGAAUUUAAUUUUAAAUAUAGUUAGACUCAUAUUUUAUACCUGCGUUUAAAUGCGUGUUUUGUGUGUUCAAAAUAUUUUCGAACCUUAAAAUGACGAGAAUUUUUUAUUUACAUAUUUUAAUGAGGAGUGAUUGAUAAUCAAAAAACGAGAAAAAUAAAAAAAGAACGAAUGUAGUGGACACCCUUCUAUCCAAUAAUUAUACACGUUUUUUUAUAAGAAAACCCUUAUUAGACCUGAAGCUAAAUUUUCUUAGUAAAAUACCUGAAGGAUGUAUAUGUGACUGCAAAAAGGAAAUUUGAUUGUGUUAUGUUUUGAAAUUAUAAUGAUAUAGUAACUGUGAAUGUCAAUGUCUCCAAAAAUUUAUUCUUAACAUGAUAAGGGAUUGUCUUAAUUUUUUUUAAGAUUUUAGUGUUUUGAGUCUCAUUUUUUUAUAAACAUUUUUCUUAUAAAAAAAAGUGUAUAGCACUUAACUUUUUUGUUUUUUAAUAUUGUUUUCCGAAAAUAUUGUAAUUGAUUUAAAUUAAGGUAAAUUUAUUAAAGAACAGAAAUUUUAGCUGU